AUGGAUCAGAGACCACAGAGGACACGAACGCUAUGCACAGGUUUGGACUCUGAUAGGACCCUCGGUGGGAACUCAGAUCAAAAAUACCACCAGACCAGGGCUCAGAGAUCUGAUAUGCAGGCCGAAGUAGCCGGUCCUGUAGCAAGCUCUGGACCUGGACCCAGUUCUGUCUCUCCGGAGACUGAUCACUUGAUGGGGAACUACAAUGACUUCAGCGAAGGAGCAGACUCUUCGGGUCUGAGGCUCCGUCACGAGGAACGAGAAGAGUCAGGUCUCUACUAUGUGUCUCUGAAGAGUGACCGGUCCAUGGGGGUGGGUGUAAACUUCAAAGCUGGACUUGUGUCUUCACAGGAGAAAUUGGAUCAUCAGAGCUCCGGAGUUCUUGGUGGUCAACAGCAACAUUCGAAUCAAGACUCUACACAACAGGAUGAAGAGUUCCAUAUGAGGACGCACAAGAGAGACCCAGAACCUCAAGCGACUGAGGAGGAAGAGGAUCAGAGGAGGAGCAGCAGAGAAGAAUCCUUAAGGAAGAAGGGAGAGGAAGAUCUGACUGAGAGUCUGUUUAGCGGACGUUGUGCAACAACGUGUGGACCUCGACUGAAGAAGAGUCUGCAGAGGAAGUUCCACAGUGUGUCUGAAGGGAUUGCUCAAGCAGGAAACUCUUUCUCUCUGAAUCAGAUCUACACAGAGCUCUACAUCACUGAGGGGGGCACAGACCAGGUCAACCAGGAGCACGAGGUCCGACAGAUUGAAACUGCUGGCAGGAAAGCGUUCACUCCAGAAACCACCAUCAGACAAGAAGACCUCUUCAGAAGCUCAUCUGACAGAGAUCGACCAACUUGCCUGCUAACAAAGGGCGUGGCUGGCAUUGGGAAGACCCUCCUGACACAGAAGCUGACUCUGGACUGGGCUGAAGACAAAGCCCACCAGAACUUCCACUUCAUGUUUCCUUUCACCUUCAGAGAGCUGAACACACUGAAAGAGAAGACGUUGAGUUUGGAGGAACUUGUUCAUCUCUUCUUUCCUGAAACCAAAGAAUUCAGACUCAGCAGCUUUGAAGGAGUCCAGGUUCUGUUCAUCUUUGAUGGUCUGGACGAGUGUAGACUCCCUCUGGACUUCAUCAACAAUCGGGUCCUGACAGAAGCUAGAGAGUCCACCUCUGUAGAUGUCCUGCUGACAAACCUCAUCAGAGGGAAUCUGCUUCCCUCAGCUCACCUCUGGGUGACCACACGACCUGCAGCAGCCAAUCAGAUCCCUCCUGAGUGUGUGGACAUGGUGACAGAGGUCAGAGGGUUCACUGACCUCCAGAAGGAAGAGUACUUCAAGAAGAGGUUCGGAAGCAAGUCAAAGACCAACACCAUCCUCUCUCACAUCAAGGGCUCACGAAGCCUCUACAUCAUGUGUCACAUCCCCAUCUUCUGUUGGAUCACUGCCACAGUUCUGGAGGACAUGUUGAAGAGCAGAGAGACCAGAGAGCUGCCCAAGUCUCUGACUGAGAUGUACAUCCACUUCCUGGUGGUUCAGAUCAAAGUGAAGAAGGUGAAGUUUGAUGGAGGAUCUGAGAGAGACCAACACUGGACUCCUGAGAGCAGGAAGAUGAUCGAGUCUCUGGGAAAACUGGCUUUCGAGCAGCUGGAGACAGGAAACUUGAUCUUCUAUGAAUCAGACCUGACUGAGUGUGGCAUCGAUAUCACUGCUGCCUCAGUUUACUCAGGAGUGUUCACACAAAUCUUCAGAGAGACAGAGACAGGACUGUACCAGGACAAGGUCUUCUGCUUCAUCCACCUGAGUCUUCAAGAGUUUCUUGCUGCUCUUCAUGUCCACCUGACCUUCACCAACUCUGGAGUCAAUUUGCUGGAACCAGAAAGAAAGAAUUACAAACGUCAGCAAGCAAAUGCUAAACAGCAGUUCUACCAGAAAGCAGUGGAACAGACCCUGGAGAGUCAAAAUGGACACCUGGACUUGUUCCUGCGCUUCCUCUUGGGUCUUUCACUGAAGACCAACCAGACCCUCCUGAGAGGUUUGUUGCCACAGUCAGGAAAUGAUCUGUGGAUCAAUAUGAGCACAGUUGAUUUCAUAAAGAAGAAAAUAAAUCAAGUUGUGUCUCCAGAGAGAACCAUCAACUUGUUCUACUGUCUGAAUGAGCUGAAUCAGCCUCCGUCCUCUAGCGUGACACAUCUGGACCUGAGUGACAACGACCUGCAGGAUUCAGGAGUGAAGCUUCUGUGUGCUGGACUGGAGAGUCCACACUGUCACCUGGAGACUCUCAGUCUGUCUCGGUGUAUGAUCUCAGAGGAAGGCUGUGCUUCUCUGGCCUCAGCUCUGAGCUCCAACCCCUUCCAUCUGAGAGAGCUGGACCUGAGCUACAAUCAUCCAGGAGGACCAGGACUGGAGCUGCUGUCUGCUGGACUGGAGAGUCCAGACUGGAGGCUGGAGACUCUCAGGCUGAAAUGUUGUGGACUGACUGAGAGAAGUUGUCCGCCUCUCUACUCAGUCCUCAGCUCGCCGUCCUCUAGUCUGACACAACUGGACCUGAGUGACAACGACCUGCAGGAUUCACUGAAGGUUCUGUGUGCUGGACUGAAGAGUCCACACUGUCACCUGGAGACUCUCAGGCUCAGGCAUUGUGAACUGACAGAGAGAAGUUGUCCACCUCUGUCCUCAGUCCUCAGCUCUCCGUCCUCUAGUCUGACACAACUGGACCUGAGUGACAACGACCUGAAGGAUUCAGGAGUGAAGCUUCUGUGUGCUGGACUGGAGAGUCCACACUGUCACCUGGAGACUCUCAGUCUGUCCGGGUGUAUGAUCUCAGAGGAAGGCUGUGCUUCUCUGGCCUCAGCUCUGAGCUCCAACCCCUCCCAUCUGAGAGAGCUGGACCUGAGCUACAAUCAUCCAGGAGGACCAGGACUGGAGCAGCUGUCUGCUGGACUGGAGAGACCAGACUGGAGGCUGGAGAGUCUCAGGCUGAGAAGCUGUGGACUUUCAGAGGAAAGUUGUCUGCAACUGUCCCCAGUCCUCAGCUCUCCGUCCUCUAGUCUGACACAACUGGACCUGAGUGACAACAACCUGCAGGAUUCAGGAGUGAAGCUUCUGUGUGCUGGACUGGAGAGUCCACACUGUCACCUGGAGACUCUCAGGUUGAGACUCUGUAGACUGACAGAGGGAAGUUGUCCACCUCUGUCUUCAGUCCUCAGCUCUCCGUCCUCUAGUCUGACACAACUGGACCUGAGUGACAACGACCUGCAGGAUUCAGGAGUGAAGCUUCUGUGUGCUGGACUGGAGAGUCCACACUGUCACCUGGAGACUCUCAGUCUGUCAGGGUGUAUGAUCUCAGAGGAAGGCUGUGCUUCUCUGGCCUCAGCUCUGAGCUCCAACCCCUCCCAUCUGAGAGAGCUGGACCUGAGCUACAAUCAUCCAGGAGGACCAGGACUGGAGCAGCUGUCUGCUGGACUGGAGAGUCCAGACUGGAAGCUGCAGACUCUCAGGCUGGACCAUGGUGGAGAGCAGCGGUUAAGACCCGGUCUGCUCAAGUAUUUCUGUCCCCUCACACUGGACCCAAACACAGCACACCAGCGCAUCCGACUGUCCAACAACUACAGGAGAGCAGAACUCAUGGAAGAAGACCAGAACUAUCCAGAACAUCCAGAGCGGUUUCUGGGGUUAGUUCUGCUGAUGUGUAGAAAUCAACUGACUGGUUGUUGCUACUGGGAGGUGGAUUGGACCCCAGACGUCCAUAUCUCAGUGACCUACAGAGGAAAGAGAACAGAAGACGAGUCUCACUUUGGAAACAAUGAUCAGUCCUGGAGUCUCAUCUGUGCUGAUGAAGGUUAUUUUGUCUGUCACAAUAAAAAAGCCACAGAAAUCCUGACCAGACCCGACUCCUAUAGAGUCGGAGUGUUUGUGGACUGUCCUGCUGGAUCUGUGUCCUUCUACAAAAUCUCCUCUGAUGCUCUGAUCCACCUCCACACCUUCUUCACCUCCUUCACUCAACCUCUGUACCCAGGAUUUGGACUCAGGUGGCCAGAUUCUUCUGUGACUCUCCAUGACCUGACUUAG